UGUCUAAGCGAGUUAUUCUCUAUGUGAGUUAUUCUCUAUGUGAGUUAUUCUCUAUGCGAGUUAUUCUCUAUGCAAGUUAUUCUCUAUGCGAGUUAUUCUCUAUGCGAGUUAUUCUCUAUGUGAGUUAUUCUCUGAGAGUCAUUCUCUAUCUAUGAAAGUUAUUCUCUGCGAGUUAUUCUCUAUGCGAGUUAUUCUCUGAGAGUCAUUCUCUAUCUAUGAAAGUUAUUCUCUGCGAGUUAUUCUCUAUGCGAGUUAUUCUCUAUGCGAGUUAUUCUCUAUGCGAGUUAUUCUCUAUGCGAGUUAUUCUCUAUCUAUGCGAGUUAUUCUCUAUCUAUGCGAGUUAUUCUCUAUGUGAGUUAUUCUCUAUGUGAGUUAUUCUCUAUGCGAGUUAUUCUCUAUGCAAGUUAUUCUCUAUGUGAGUUAUUCUCUAUGCGAGUUAUUCUCUAUGCAAGUUAUUCUCUAUGUGAGUUAUUCUCUAUGCGAGUUAUUCUCUAUGUGAGUUAUUCUCUAUGCAAGUUAUUCUCUGAGAGUCAUUCUCUAUCUAUGAAAGUUAUUCUCUGCGAGUUAUUCUCUAUGCGAGUUAUUUUCUGCGAGUUAUUCUCUAUGCGAGUUAUUCUUUAUAUAAACGUUAUUUUUCAUGCCAGUGUAUUCCUCAUGUCUUUGAGACUUUAAACCAAGACAGAGUCCUAUUUGUCUCAGACCAGGAGUUCAGGAACCAGAGACCUGGAUCAGUUCAGACCUCAAGUCCUCAUUUUCUGAAACAGGAGACGACGUGGAGCUAAUUGAGUUUACUGAUGACCCAUAAGUCACACACAUGAUCUGUGUUAUUACCACAUGGUCUGUAUCUGUAUCAUCACAUGAUCUGUAUCACCACAUGAUCUCUAUCAUCACAUGAUCUCUAUCAUCACAUGAUCUGUAUCAUCACAUGAUCUGUAUCACCGCAUGAUCUCUAUCAUCACAUGAUCAGGUUAUUAUGGGAUGUCGUAGUAUUAUUGAAACACAUUUCAGGGUCAUUGUGUUAUUCUGUGUUAUUAAUUCAUAUGCAUGUGUCAUCAACAUGCGUAUCUGUUAUUACACAUGGUUUAAUGUGUAAUUGACAUGUUUGUGUGUUAUUAACUCAUGGUAAUAACACAUGUUUCUCCAUGUCAUUAACAUGUGCUUCUCCUCCCCAGGUGGUUGGAUAAACUGGGCCUCUCGGCCCGGCUGGGCACGGCUGUGGUGAUGCGGCAGGUGUUCAUUGGCUCUGGCAGUUAUCAUCUGCUGGAUGACAACCUGGAUCCACUUCCUGACUACUGGUUGUCGGUCCUCUACAAGAGGCUUGUGGGUCCCGAGGUUCUGAAGGUAGAAUCCCCGAGCAGCAGAGUGAGGCUGUACCUGCACUGCUCCAACAGGAACAGUUACAGAGGCGGAGCCGUCACCCUGAUCUCCAUGAACCUUGGACGGGAGCCGGCCUGGAUCUCCCUUCCGGCCCUGCUGUCCUCCUCCAGCACAGUGGAGGCUUUUGUCCUCCAGUCCGACCGCCCGGGGGGUGAGGGGCUCUACUCCAGGUGUGUGAAGCUGAACGGAGGUGUGCUGAAGAUGGUGGACGACAGAACUCUUCCUCAUCUUAAAGGAGCUCGUCUUCCUCCAGCAGAACACCUGCAGCUGCCUGCUUUCUCGAUGGCCUUCUUCGUCCUCACAGACGCUGGAGCCGUCGCCUGUAUGUGACACAUCAGGGGACAGCCCACCUGUCCAGGUACUAGCAGGCCAGACACUGGCAUCACCUUACCAGGUGAUAAACAGGGGUAAUAUGAAGAUGAUGAACAUGAAGAUUUAAUAAACACAUCUUCAACGUGUCAAACCUUUCAGAUUAUGUUAAGAAGAGAGGAACUAAUAAAGGAUGUGAUGAGUUUUUAGUUCUGCUUUA